AUGAAGAUGACUUCAGAGGAUUCCCCACUCCCAAUCUCCGCCCGGUAAACGAGUCGGAUGCCCCCGACUCGUUCUUCAUGCAGGAAAGACCGGAGGAUUUCCCCUCGCUGCACGCUCCCAGACGCGCAGGAUCUCCUCGCCAAACGGGGUGUCGCGCUGGGGAUCAGCCGGAGAAAUCUCCUCGAAAUAGUGAGGAAGGAACGAUUCACGCCGGUGCCCACUCAGGAAACUGGGCCGGAGAGACCGGGCGAGUAGUCGCUACGAGCUGCGCGUGCUACAACGGUGCACUGUAAUAGAUUUGACGGGCACCCGCCGAGGUGAAAUAUCAGAAUUCCCACGGGCGAUGCCACAUAGACCUCGUCUGCAUGGUCCUCUCCCAUCCUCGUCAACCCCACCAGCAGACCUGAAACAGCGAUAUACUGCAAACCAGGACCAAAAUAUAAAGAAGCAACGAAGGGCAGAUCCACACGACGUCGCUGUUGAAACCGAAGGAGCGGACAGAAGAAAGAAGGCGCGUAUGGAUCUCCUGCUCAGAAUGCAGAAGCAGGCUUGCGGCUCGAAUCAGAGGCAGACGAUUCGUCGGCCACAUGGCCCUGCGAAGAAUCGAAAUGGAACAGCGAACUUACAGCUGGAGGAAUCAGAUUUAUAAAUACAGCUGUAAGAACAGAAAUGGCAGCGUUCUGUCAUACCCAAAUUGUAGAGUGUGAAUCUACAGGAGACGAUUCCGGUGGAUGCUGCGGGUGUGGGCUCGCCAUUGCAGCCACUGUUGCCCGAGACCGAGAAAGUACUCCCCGAGGACCUACUUCGCUGAUAAUAUUACGUCGGGCUAACUUGCUCGCCCCUCACCGGGAACAUACAAUGAGAAAAGCUGCCGUAAACGACCGAUGGUCCCGCCGCACUUCGAUCUAUACCGAGUUGAAAUCAUCGCAGCUCAACUAGGCGACACUUCGGCAAAAACGCCGACCAGCGAGCCAUCACCCUGUGCAUGCAGAAUAAUGUUCAUGGGUGAGUACUCGCGCAUCUCGUCCUCGUUGAACGGUUUUUACUGAAACGGAUUAAUCAUCAGAUAUCUUUUCGGGGUGCUAUGUAGAUCUAGUCUGGGCUUGGUUCUAUAUUUUAUUGUGUGAUUGUUCUUCUAUGUUAAUGCAUCCGUACGAUCUAUAUUAAGCUAAUUUCUUCAACAGUUAGCCGUAAUUUACAACCAUUUUUAAACAAAAUGUACGAUUUUGCCUUCGCUCGAUUCUUCUUAGAAACCUUGAUCCCCAAAGCCAAACUCUCAAUAAUUUGGCAUCUUUUGGGCUAAAAAAUAAGGUUCCUUUUCCGUAAAACAGCUUGAUGACGGUUGUGGGGAGUAUCCUCCAAAUAGUUCGACGAUCCUCAUCGGUGUUCUGUAUAGCGCCCCACCAGCUCACGGGGAUACGUAAUAGAUCCUCCUUCUCCUGCAUCUUUUUUUGUUUAUGCACGUUCGACAUCACACAAAUUCUGGAGCUGAUGGCUCCUUGUGAUGAACUCUCGUCAACGGGGGAAGCAAUCCACACGACGAACUCUCUCAAGAUCCUUAUAAUCAGCUCUCGUCAGCGAAGGAUAAGGUCGAUGGAACCCAACGCGGCUUCCAUUCCGACGAAGUACCAGCUAAAAGAUCAAAGGAGCAUAACCCGUUUAGACAGGCCGCGAAGAAGCCCUGCACAUUAGACGAACUCCUUGAUAAAAAUAAUGGAGCUGGGGCUGUCUCGAUGCCUCCUAUCCACAGCUCCCAAAUUUAAUGCGGACCCAUUUCAACUCGUUAUGAUUGCCCUCGUUCAUCAGUGACGACUAGCUCAAGAGAGGCCCACGGACUACACAUCCUCGCAUCACCGGGUAAUGGUUUUAGGCCCAUUACCCAGGGCAAGCCCCGCCUAAUACGAAGGGCGGCUGAGAGGCGAUCGCGCCGUCACAUCCGCCGGGGAGGAUCCCCUCCGGCGUGUGGUUUACAGUUGACAUUUUUACUUAGCCAAAACAAAGGGUCACGUUGACAGUCGACUAGUCAACCAAACGAUUGCCAAUGUGUCACAAUUAACAGGAUCUACUCGAAAUUGCCCAACCCCUUAGAAGUUUCCCUUCAAUCAUUACAUUCUCUACACCCCAAAAGCUUAAGCACACUAUAAUAUUCAUAAUACUAAAAACCUCUUGAUCGGGCGUCGUGAGGGUCGGUCGCAUGCAACUGCGCCAGCUGGGCCGAAAUGGCUGUACCCAUCCUGAGACGACGCGUUGA